CUUUUCCUUCCAUCUAUCUAUCACCAGUUGUCUGUUCUGCCUCUCUGUGUCUGCUUCCUUUUACUAAUUCAAUUCAUUACCCAACUAAUCAGACAUGGAACUACUCAGCCUCAACUCCAUGUUUUGCAUGUUUGCUGCUUCUGCUCUCAUCUUCUUCUUCUCUCCCAUCAUCAAGCUCUUCCUCAUUUCCGCUCGCCAUAAAAUCCCACUUCCUCCCGGUUCCCUCGGUUGGCCUUAUAUCGGCGAGACCUUCCAGCUCUACUCUCAAAACCCAAAUGUCUUCUUCGCCUCCAAAAUCAAGAGGUUCGGCUCAAUCUUCAAGACCCACAUCUUGGGAUGUCCUUGCGUCAUGAUCUCAAGUCCGGCAGCUGCCAAAUUCGUUCUCUUGACGAAAUCCCAUCUCUUCAAGCCUACUUUUCCGGCCAGCAAAGAAAGGAUGCUGGGAAAGCAAGCUAUAUUUUUCCACCAAGGAGACUACCACGCAAAGCUGAGGAAGCUUGUUCUCCGAGCCUUCAUGCCCACAGCCCUGAAAAACAAAGUCGGAGACAUUGAAGCCAUCGCCAAGGACUCCCUUCAGUCCUGGGAAGGCCGGUCGUUCAACACCUACCAAGAAAUGAAGACGUUCACGUUCAAUGUCGCACUGCUUUCCAUCUUUGGCAAAGAUGAAAUCCUAUACAGAGAGGAUCUCAAGAGAUGCUACUACAUUCUCGAGAAGGGUUACAAUUCAAUGUCCAUAAACAUUCCCGGAACACUCUUCCACAAGUCCAUGAAAGCCAGAAAGGAGCUGGCUCAGAUCUUGGCCAAAAUCAUCUCAACCAGGAGAGAAAGCAAGCUCGAUGACCACAACGACCUUCUUGGCUCUUUCAUGGGCGACAAAGAAGGCCUCACCGACGAGCAAAUCGCCGACAACGUCAUCGGCGUCAUCUUCGCAGCUCGCGACACGACGGCUAGCGUUUUGACUUGGAUCAUGAAGUAUCUCGGCGAAAACCCAAGUGUUCUUGAAGCUGUCACCGAAGAGCAAGAAGCAAUCAUGAAGCUCAAAGAAGAGAGUGGGGAAGAGAAGGUUCUGAACUGGGAAGACACGAAGAAGAUGCCAAUUACUUCGAGGGUUCUUCAGGAGACACUUAGAGUUGCUUCCAUUUUAUCUUUUACAUUCCGAGAAGCUGUCGAAGACGUCGAGUACGAAGGUUAUCUGAUCCCAAAAGGGUGGAAAGUUUUACCACUUUUCAGAAACAUUCACCACAGUCCAGAGAUCUUUCCUGAGCCUGAGAAGUUUGAUCCCACAAGAUUUGAGGUAGCUCCAAAACCCAAUACAUACAUGCCAUUUGGCAGUGGGAACCACUCAUGUCCUGGGAAUGAAUUGGCCAAGCUGGAGAUUUUGGUCAUUCUACACCAUCUCACAACAAAGUACAGGUGGUCUAUUGUUGGCGCAGAAAAUGGCAUCCAGUAUGGCCCUUUUGCUCUUCCCCAAAAUGGGCUGCCCAUCAUAUUAUCCUCCAAGGAAUGAGGUUUAUUUCCCGAAAUACAUAUAAAACUCUGAAUUCUGAUCCACCCCCGAAAGCUUCAGAAUGAAACAGCUUUCUAUAUAUAUUUGAUUAUAUAAAGAGAGAGAUGAUGAGAGAGAAGAUUGGUUUCUUGCCUGUUAAGGAAAGUGAAGAAAUGAGAGAGCUAGCUCCCAAGAAUUAAACAACGAGCUGAAGAACUCGAAGGCUAGGGAUUCAUUCACCGUUUCUUUUUGGCCGGACUGAGAGGGCUGUGGAUAGCCGGAAGCCAAAUUGUACAUAACUAAAGAGUGUUCUUGAUCGAUACCAAAACAUGAUACAUGCAAACUGUAUAUCAUGUUUCCUUUUUUUUUUUUUUUUUUCUUUUGAGAUGGUGAGUUGGUGACGAAGAGAAUUGUACAUACAUUUCACAAAAAUUUUGUUUAUUUUCUCAAAUAAAUAAUGUAAAGAGCCGCAAGGCUGAAGUUAUAUUCAAUGG